UGAGCACGUGUACCGAGAAGUACUUACGAGUUUACGACACUCGUGUUUGAUACACGCCGAUGUGCGGACGUUUCGAUCGGGUUAUUAGAAAUCGUCAUCUCAUCACACUAGUAACAAUUUAUUAAUAUUGAAUAAGUUUGGUUUAUUUUGUAUUUUUUCAAAGUCUGCCAUCGCGUUUUCGUAUUUAAAAUAAUUAUUGUAAUUACUGUGUCCAUACAAUGUCAACUUACGAAACGGUAACUAUAGCUCCAACAGGCAAACACACAUCAACGAUUAUUUUUUUUCACGGUCUUGGUGAAUCUGGGGACAUUUGGUCGCAGUUAUUGACGAAUUUACGCAAACCAAAUACCAAGAUUAUCUGUCCUUCUGCUCCCAAGAUACCUUUGACGUUAAACAAGGGUUUUGCGAUGCCCGCGUGGUUUGACUUGUCGACUUUGAAUGAAGACGCGCCGGAAAACGAGUCGGAAAUACUGCGUGCCGUAGACAACGUACAUGCGUUAUUAGACGAGGAAUUGGCUAAGACGCGAUUGCCGCCAAAGAAAUUGUUGCUGGGUGGUUUUUCGCAAGGUGGAGCGCUGGCUCUGUACGCCGCACUUACAUACCAUAGACCAUUAGCCGGAGUUCUGAUCAUGUCUUGUUGGAUACCAUUACACAAGACCUUCCCAGAUGCGGCCACGAAUAACACCAAUAUACCAAUAUUCCAAUGUCAUGGAACGGAAGACCCAGUAAUACCUUACAAAUGGGGAACAAGAACGUCAGAAAUACUAAAAGAAUUUACUACCAAAAGCCAAUUCACUAGCUACGAAGGCUUGUUGCAUCGUACAAAUGAGAAAGAGUUGGCAGAUAUAAAAACAUUUAUUCAUAAGACUGUGACAUGAACAAUUUACAUCGAACAGUACGAGUUAAAUGGGCUUAAUUACCCAUAAACAGUAUACCAACGUGUAUAUUUAUAAUUUAGGGAAAUUGGUAUUUUCUAGAACUCAAUUUGAUUUAUGGCAUAUUUUGUGAAUAAAAUAAAGUAUAGAUAUUUUGUGUCAAAACCAAUAA